UUUUGGCGGAACUCCAAACGACUGUUUCAAAUUUCACGUCUUCGCUCUGCCGCGACUUUCCAUAAUGAGAGUCACAGAAUAAUGGAGCCUUGUGAUGGGUCGCUUUACGGGAGCAAGGCCCUCCAUUUCUGCUGAGGAUGGAGGAGAGUGCCUAGCCGGUAGCUCCGUCAGACACUGAUCAAACCUAGAAGGCAACCACCAUUCCGCGAUUAUCCGCCGCUCGUGGAGAACGGCUCUCCCUUCCCCUGCAGUCGUUCGCUCCAGCGUGCAAAUUUGCCGCUCCGUGUCGGACGCUUUUUGUCCUCACCCUCUCCGCUCGUUCGCGCUAAAAGGCCUGAGCCAUCCCAGAUAGCGCGCGAGCCCUGUUUCCACGAGAAGAGGAGGCUUUGUUCCUCGAGGGUUCUGACAGCAUCGAGACCUGGCAUGAGCUGAAAAAGCCCAGGAAAAGAUUGCAGAUGAAUUAUCUAGGAAACGUCUGCCUGCCGAAGAACCUAGGGAGUGUCUCGUUCCCAAGUUACCCAGGGAAUUUCCCGCGGAUUCACACCCUCGGGAAUGUCUUUUCCUCCUUUCCAAAAGCUCCAGCUGGCGGCAUUGAAAUAACCCACGUCGCUGCUGACAAGGCUGGUCGGACCCUGAUCUGCGGAAGCUAUCCCCCCGUUUCGGCGCAUCUGCGCAACCGCAAUGAUGGCGCCGGCGAGAGCGCGGGAACAGGCGGAAGGCGGAAGCCCGUUGGCGGAAGGACAGGUCGCCUAGGCGGAAGGGCGACUGGCGGAAGGGUCAUGGGCGGAAGGGGGGACGCUUUGGCGGUGGAGGUGGGGGAAGGACGGAGCGUAGUUCUCGAGGGGGGAAGGCGGUUGGCGGAAGUGGGGACGUGGGGAAUAGGCGGGCCCGCGGACUGGCUGGUCGAAGUGACCACUGUAGAUGAAAUGGCUGCAGUGCUUAAGUUCUGCCACUGCAACGCCAUCCGCACUGUGGUCAUCGGCAAGGGCUCUAACUGCCUCUUUGACGACCGGGGCUUUAAGGGGUGUGUGAUUGUAAACAGAAUCGCCUACAAGCGAGUGGAGCAGGGGGAGCAGGGGGAGCAGGGGGAGCAGGGGGAGAAGGGUGCAGACAUGCAAAACGCCAGCAAGGGAAGCACUGCCAGCAGCAGCAGCAGCAGCAGCAGCAGCACUAGCAGCAACAGCAAUGGCAGGAGCACCAGCCAGGCCUCUGCCUAUGACAUGCUAGUGCAUGUGGGAGGGGGCUACCCGUUCAAUCUGCUGGGCGUGGAGUGCUCCAGGGAAGGCCUUUCAGGAUUGGAGUUCGCUGGAGGCAUUCCGGGCACCGUGGGGGGGGCUGUGUUCAUGAACGCGGGGGCGGACGGGCAGGAAACAGCCGACUCGUUGCUCGCUGUGGACGUCCUCUCGCCUGCAGGGGCUCUCCUCUCCUUCUCGCGCUCCGGCCUCGCCUUCGCCUACCGCCACUCGCCCUUCCAGCACAUGCCAGACUGCGCUGCCAUUGUUGGCGCUACCUUUGGGCUCAAGAGAAGCAGUGAAGCACGGGACAGGCAGCGGAGAUACAUGGACAGGCGCCGGCAAUCCCAACCCAUUGCCGAUCGCUCCGUUGGCUGCAUAUUCCGCAACCCCGCACCUCCCCUUGGCUCGUCACCACCAACCCUUUUAGCAGCAGGUGGUGCAUCAGCAGCAGCAACUCUCCCUGCCUCUGCAGGAGCUCUGAUAGACCGGGCAGGGCUGAAGGGCCUGCGUGUGGGAGAUGCUAUUGUAUCGUCGAUGCAUGCUAAUUUUCUAGUGAAUGAUGGGGUGUGUAGUAGUGAGGAUAUGGAAGGGCUGAUUGUGGAGGUGAAGAGAAGGGUGAGAGAGGAAUUUGGGGUGGAGCUUGUAGAAGAGGUUAGGCGGAUCCCAUAUGACUGAAGACGUAAUGAAGGAAGUUUUAGUUU